GGUGGCGGGUGGGGGAGGAGGGCGCGUGGCGCCCGUGGCAGUUGGAGCGCGAGGGGUUUGUUAGCGCGCGAAGCGCCGCGUCCUUCUGUCACGUGCGUCGUCCGUUGGUGUCUUUGCCUCUCCCCCGCGCGGCAUGGCUCAGCUUCAAAACAUGGCGGUGAUCCGGCCACAGAUGACCAAAGCACAGGAGGAGCAUGAAGAUAUUGUAAAAAUACUUGAUGAUAUGUGCUUGCAAUUGAAAAAAAUGUUAAAUGAUAUGGAGAUACAGUCAGUGCAAGCAACUUGUAUGUCGUAUGACAUGGUUCUCAUCCGUACAGACCCCUGUGUGGUGGAAUCAUUGAGCCAACUGAACAACGCAUAUCUGCACUGCAAAGAAACAGUGGAAAAAGACUGCUAUGAAAUAUUGACCAAAGUUAUAAAAAAUUAGCUGCAAACACAAAUAAUUUGAAAUCAGAACAUUUAGUUAGAUGUUUAAAAGUUUAGGCUAACUGAUGUGUAGCUUUAUUGUUUGUUGAAUUGUUCUGUGUCUGCCCUCUUUUAACAAUUGUGAAUUUAGUGAAUUUAGUUGUAAUGAUUGGAUGCUUCUGGAACAUUUCUCAAAUUUCUGUAUUAACAUUAAAAGCAGGAAUUUUCUGA